AUGGGAUAUGACCUUAAUGGUCUUAAUUUUCGCGGUGUAAACAUCACACCAACCCCGGCAUAUGAGCAACUCACGAAUGUCUUUGUGGAUCGGGCUCCUCUCCAUAUGCCAAAUAACUAUAUCUCGUCUUCUUUGUCCGCGUAUGGCCGUGUAGUUAGCGUUCGUGAUCUUUGCGUUAAAGGCUACAAGGACAUUCGCACUGGGACACGCAUGGUCACCAUGUCUUUUCUUCGGUCAAUUCCUGUGGUCGUUAAGAUAGCCAACUUCCCUUGCUCGGUCCGUUACAACGGUCAGCCACCUUAUUGCCUGUCCUGUAACGCUUUUGGGCAUUUUGCCCGCCGUUGCCAGCAGGGAAAGACAAAGAAACCACCAUCCAAUACUGGUGUGCCUGUUCAGCGCUCCCAGCCUAUGGAGGCGUCAUCGCCUCGUCCAUCCUCUCCAGAAGCUUCCUCUGUUCAUGUCGAUGCCAUUCCACCUUGUACAUCCAUUGAACAGCCCGUCGAUUCCGCUAUUGUUGCCGUCCCUCCCACCGGGAUGGAGACUGAUAGUGGCGCGGGCGCUGCUGUUGCUCCUUCUUCUGAGGAUGAUAAUUCCUCUCCUCAGGCCAAAAAGUUAGUUGUCACGAUCAGUGAAUUCAGGGAGUCGCUUGCUAUCUCGCAUGACUUUUCCUGCCAGCGUGAAGUGUCCUUAGUACAGCGACGCUCAAUGAAUCGUGACAAGCCGAAGCGCCUGCAGAAACCUCGAUCAACUGCAGGGGCUAAGAAGUCUUUGUGUUUGUCCGUGCCUGCUAGUGAGCCUCCACCCGCUCCUUCUAGCUCGCCCCAUCAUGCUUCUGCGGAGCAUGCUGUAUCAGACUCUGUCGUGCCUGAUACGCCGCCUUCAUCUCGCUACCCGG